ACCAGCUGAGCUGCAGGCUUCCACCCUCGCGUCCUGGCUUCCAAAGAUGGCUCUCGGGGCGCUAGGAAAGUGAGGUGAAAAUAGGUGGCACUUUGUCUGUAUUGUGGAAGAAAGGUAAAGAAUGGCUUCUUCAAGGAAGGCAAUGGAGAAGCGGCAUAACCCAGUAGAAAGCAUCUGUAGGAAAAUCAAAGCCAUCCAAAAGGGAGAAGGGAUUUCAAAUCCGAUCCGACAGAUAGUCAGAUACCAACUUAGCAGUUUUGAUAACCCACAGAAUAAUGCCAAGAAAGAUUUUGAGGAGGUGCUGAAGAAAAUGACUGCUGCUCACACUUCUGUGCCCACUACUCACUUCUCAAGUUCUGAGAAGGAUGUUGCCUUCAUUGCAUCUCCAAGAACCCCAUCCAGCUUUCAUCUCAGCUCUCCAGAGAAUGCAACCUACUCUGUGACUCUCACAAGUUCUGAAAACACCCCCAGUAUGAGAUCACAGGACUCCCAGAACUAUACGUCUUUGAUAUCACAGAUCAAAAAAGGCUCAAUAGAAGCUAAUCACUUAAUAGAUUACCUGAAACAAACAUUUAGUCAAGAUUCUGAAGGUGGUGGCUUUGAGCUGUGGAACAUGCUAGAUGCUGACAAGAGAGACCCUCAGGUGGAUCUGGAAACCUUCCAGGACACGAUGAAAGAAUGGGUGACAUCCUAUAGGAAGAUAUGGGAAGGAGUGAGCAGUGGGCCAAGUGGCAGCAUCCAGGAUUCUGAUUUUGAACAGGACGGCAGAAAAUCAGGCAGAGCAAUUAUGAUGACCACAGAUACAACAUAUUCUACACCAGGGUAUUUGGAGGCUUUGGAUGGCGACGUGUCGAAAGGAAUCUUAAAGGAGACUGAUUUGAUUACCCAUAUAGCAGAACUGCAUUUCAAUAAGCAGAAAUUGGAGGAGGAAAUCAUUAAGUUUAAAUUGGCAUUAGAAACCUUGGAAGAAGCUAACAGCCAGUUAUCAGAGGACCGCACUGAACUGUGUCUUCAGGUAAAAAGUGCCCACCAGGCUAUUUUGAGAACAAAUCUGUUAAAAGAAGAGCUGGAGGAACUGAAAACUAGUAUGGAUGCUUUAGAAGAGCAGAAGACCAUGACUGUGGCCCAGAACAAGCAAUUAGAGGCAGAGAACCGGGCUCUGAUUCAUAAGAUUCGGAAUCUCCAAGAGGAGAAUACUAUGAACAUGAUGGAGAUACAUACAUUAGAAAAGAAGAUUGAAGAAUUAUGUGCAACUGAGAGAGAGCAUCAAAUGCAGUUACACAUGUAUGAAAACACUUUGCUUCAUAAAGAUGCUUGUUUGCAAAAGAAGGACAUACAUAUAGAAGAACUUAAGUCAACCAUCACAGAAUAUGAAAGAGUUAUAGAGAAUUUACGAGAGGAUAAAAAUAAACUGGCUGGAGAGUUGCAGCACCUGCAGCAGGUACUUAUCACAAAUGCGAUCCAUUUGAAUGGAAGUGGAAAACGGAACAGUUUCAUCUCUGAAGGAGCAAAACCUUUAUGUUGUGAACUCAUCCUUGCUCAGUCUGCAGAGAACCCUGAAACUGAGUGGCAGUGCAGUUUAAUCAACUUGUCAACUCUGGACACGAUGGUGAAUCAGGAAAUGCGACUGUUCCUGGAAGAACAUGGACAGCAGGCAGUGCACUUCACAGCCAAGCGAAAGGAGCUGCAUGAUGACGUUUCUGAGAUUGAAACCCUCUUUGAUGACUCUCUGCAGUGGGUAGCUAAUCCAGAAACCACUGUGAAUGAGAACUGGGGUAACAAGCUUACUGAAUUCAAACACACCACAGGUGAGAAGCUAAAUCUUUGCAUAACGUUGCUGAACAGUUUGAGAAAUGACAAAGAAUCUCUUGAUAAGGAGUUUGUCAGAUUGAUAGAGAUUUUGGAAAGAUUGAGUCUGGAGUAUUUUUAUUUCAACAAAGAAUUUCUUUCCAGGCAGAAACUACUAGAAACCAUUAAACAACUGCAAGAAGAUGCUGUUGACCAGGAAGCCAUUCUCAGGAAGAAGGUCCAGGAAGUCCACCAAAGGCCAGAGGAAUCAGAGGGGCAGGUGAAGGAGCAGGAUGAGGCAGACCACCCCGCUGGAGAAAAAGCCAGGUCUUGGCUGCAUAAAUUAGAGGAAGCAAUUUCAGAACAACGGACUCUCCAGACUAUAAAUACUGAGUUAGCGAGCACUUGCCAAACACUUGAACAGACGCCGAGAAAGCUGCAAAGUGCCUUGUACCUGGAGAGUCUGACAGCAAUUCCAAGACUGGGUCUGACCCCUUCCCCUGGCACAUCCUGCCACACCCAUGUUUCAAGUGAAGGGCCCACAGAUGGAGAAAUAAAGGUUGGUGCUUUGGAUGUGACAAGAAGACACAACUCCGCACGACCUACUGGUGGCCCCUACCCAGGAAUGGAUCUCCCAGGCUGCAUCAGCAUGAACAAUGGCCCAAGCGUGGAAGAGGAUGGUGUCAGCAGCUCAUGUUCUGGGAGUUUGCCGCAGUCCAGGGAAUAUACCACACUUCCUUCUCCUGGCCACGCUGCUUCCUCAGAGAGCACUGUGACUUCCAGUGAUGCUGGAUCAGAAAUUUUGAAUAUGGCUUCUGGUGACCUUGAUUGUAAAUCACUCUGUGAGAAAGAGGAGGACACACAAUCAGCUUCUGCUGCGAUAAAGAUCAGAGACAGAAAUGCCAAUGAUGAGAAUUCUGCGCUACAAGGCUCUGGGAAUGAGGCCAAAACCAUGAUUCGUCAGGAAGCCCAGGAGGAACCAGAAACAAUACAUGAACAUAAAAAAGAAUGUGCCACAGAAGGCACAGCUGUUUCCCCUCCUCCUGCAACCACUGUGAAAUCAGUUAGCAUUAGACAAAAUGACAACACUUCUGCCAACGAGAAGGAGGUGGAGGCCGAAUUUCUCAGAUUAUCAUUGGCCUUUAAAUGUGACUGUUUCACUUUGGAGAAAAGAGUGAAACUUGAAGAAAGAUCCCGUGACUUGGCAGAAGAAAAUUUAAAGCAAGAAAUCACCAAUUGUCUAAAACUAUUAGAGUCUUUAACACCUCUCUGUGAAGAUGACAACCAGGUCCAGGAAGUCAUUAAGAAGCUGGAGAAGAGUAUAACAUUCCUCAGCCAGUGCACAGCCCGUGUGGCCAGUAGGGCUGAAAUGUUGGGAGCCAUUAACCAGGAAAGCCGGGUUAGUAAAUCAGUUGAAGUAAUGAUUCAGCAUGUAGAAAACCUGAAGAGAAUGUAUGCCAAAGAGCAUGCUGAAUUAGAAGAACUGAAACAGGUUCUUCUGCAGAAUGAAAGGUCAUUUAACCCUCUUGAAGAUGAAGAUGACUGCCAAGUUAAAAAACGCCCCACUUCUCUAAACUCCAAGCCAUCUUCUCUAAGAAGAGUGACCAUUGCCUCUUUGCCCAGAAAUAUUGGAAAUGUAGGAAUGGUGACUGGGAUGGAAAAUGAGCGAUUCAGCAGGAGGUCAAGCAGCUGGCGUAUAUUGGGGUCCAAGCAGAGUGAACACCGGCCCUCCUUACAGCGAUUUAUUAGCACCUAUUCCUGGGCAGAUGCUGAAGAAGAAAAACGUGAACUAAAAACUAAAGAGGAGUCAGAAGCCCCUGAAGAAGAAACUGUAGAAAGGACAAGAAAGCCAAGUCUUUCUGAGAAGAAAAAUAAUCCUUCAAAAUGGGAUGUCUCUUCAGUUCAUGAGACCAUGACUUCCUGGGCCACUAGCCUCAAGACGACGCUCAGAAACACCAACAAGGCCCUCUGGCUCUCAGCGGCCUUUGCUGUGCUGCUGGCAGCGCUGAUGAGCUUCCUCACGAGCCGACUUGGGCCCAAGUCGGUGGAGGCGGCUCCCACCCAGGAGGGGGACUCCUGGAUGUCUCUAGAACAUAUCCUGUGGCCAUUUACCAGGCUGCACCACAAUGGGCCACCGCCAGUGUAACUGCAGCUCAUCCUAAUGUAUGUAUCUUGGUUUUUAAAAAGUUUCA